AUGGGGGUGGCAGGCCCUGCUGCAGCCAUGGGACAGCCUGUCCCAGGGGCUGGGAGUGUGCCUGCGGGCACCAGCACCGGGGGCAAAGAGCACUUCCUGGCUACAACAGACCUGCUGCAAGCUUGCCAGUGGUGCCCGGCACAGACUAACCUUGUGGAUGCUCCAACAGGUGUGGCCAAGGUGCGAAGUGGAAGUGCUGACAGUCCUGUGACUGCUGCUUCCUCAACUGCUCAGUCAGUCCCUGUCCCCCUGCCUGGGAAGAACCCCACAGGCCUGCCUGUAGGCCAAAGCAACUCAGCUUCCCUGCCGGCUUCCAGCACUCACGCUCCAACACAUGGCACAGUUGUGCCCCUACAAAGGACCUCCUCAGCUCCACUGCAGCCUGGCUGGCAUCAUGGAGGUGUGGCCAAGGUGCGAAGUGGAAGUGCUGACAGUCCUGUGACUGCUGCUUCCUCAACUGCUCAGUCAGUCCCUGUCCCCCUGCCUGGGAAGAACCCCACAGGCCUGCCUGUAGGCCAAAGCAACUCAGCUUCCCUGCCAGCUUCCAGCACUCACGCUCCAACACAUGGCACAGUUGUGCCCCUACAAAGGACCUCCUCAGCUCCACUGCAGCCUGGCUGGCAUCAUGGAGAUGUGGGCAAGGACAUCCGUGAGAACACUGACACUCGUUGGCAAGAGCUCUUCAACAUCAAGUUGCAGAUUGUGCAGUACCUGAAAGCAGUCUUUGUAGUCUGUGUAGUAGCAGCCACCUUUUUCCUGAUACUUGUAUUGGUGCUGUGCUGCACAGCAGCCUGCUACUGCCUGAAGAAAGCCAUGGGGUGAGUCGUGACUUUUAUGCCCCCCACUGCUUCCCUCCAGGGCUGCUCAAAGCCACGAAGCAUUUCUAGUCAGAGUGCUGUGGAGCAGUCACUUGGUGAUUGGGCAGAACCUGCCAGCUGCAGAUGAGGACUUGAGCAGCCUCCUCUCUCUACAGGAAACGCUCUGCAGAUCCAGGACACAAGCUGGAAACAGGCAGCUUCCUUUCCAGUCUGAAGAACAAGAGGAGCUCCCCUGACACAGCUCAAAUCUCAGCCAAAGAGCAGAUGCCAGAGCAGCCAUUGAAGACAGCACAAGUGGAGCAUCCACCCAGCCCACUGGAGACAGUGGCAGAGGAGCAGCCACGCAGAUCACAGGAGCCAGUGCCACAAAGGCAUCCAUCCAGCACACUGGAGACAGUGGCAGAGGAGAAUCCAUGGAGAUUACGGGAGCCAGUGCCACAAAGGCGUCCACCCAGCUCACUGGAGACAGUGGCAGAGGAGAAUCCAUGGAGAUUAC